AUGGAAGCCAUUAUGGAGAUGAGGGCGCUGAGCGGAGCCGAGUGGUCCUCGGCCAGCGACGACAAGCCUCUCUGUCUGAUUCCAUGGAGAGAGUCGUUUGCUUUGAUCUCUCUCUUGCCGUGCGACCUCCACGCCGUGCGACAGGCUGCAGGACGCCCGUAUACCGUCAUCGCCAAAACGCCGCCGCAUUCAAGGGAGCGUCUGGAUGCGAGGGUGCGGUGCCGUGAGACGUCUAACCCCUCUCUGGCAACGCACUUUCUUCUGCUCAGUGUCCUCAAAGCUAUUGUAAUUCACUCUGGGUUUGGCCGCGGCGGCAAUGACAGCGCGGACCACAGAAUGGAUAAGUGUCCGCAGGCGGCGAGGACCUCCGCUGGGACCUGGCAGCCGUCUCACAGAGCCCGUAUUGAGGCAGGCUCCAGUCCCUCUGCACCUGCACCAACCAUCCCAACUGCAGCGUCCCGGACACGGCUGAGCACCAACAACAUGAACUCACCCUCGGGUCGUCACCUCUGA